ACGUGACGCCUUGACAAUCUCGUGACUUCAGCGUUUUCACUCUCUCAUUACCACCGGGGCCUCUAUCCAGAUCACACGACCAACCGACCGCUUCACAACACUCGAAGACACCGCAUCACCUAGACCCACCACCCACCUUACAAAAUGAGUUUCAUCAAGUACAAACGUAUCAUCGAAGAAGGAGACAUUGUCAUCGUGUUUCUCGGACACCAGCGACUGCAUGUGGUCACAGUGACGCGUGGGCGUGUCUUCCAGGCAAAAUUCGGAAUCUUCCCACACGACGACAUGCUCGGCAAAGAAUACGGAACUAAAUUUUUUUCGACAAACAGAAAGGGUUGGAUGCACGUUUUACACCCGACACCCGAACUGUGGACCCUCACUCUGCCCCACAGGACACAAAUAUUGUACUCGACCGAUAUCAGUCACGUGACCCUCAUGCUGGACUUGAAGCCAGGAUCCAUAGUUGUUGAGUCGGGGACCGGAAGUGGCUCGAUGUCCCACGCGAUUGUUCGUACUGUCGCCCCAUCGGGUCAUUUAUACACAUUUGAGUUUCACCAGUUGCGAUGUGUGGCCGCAAGGGAGGAAUUCAAGUCACACGGGAUGGAUGAGUGUGUGACUAUCGAAUGCAGGGACGUAUGCAAGGAUGGCUUCGGGUUGGAGCCGAUUGCGGACGCCGUGUUUCUUGACUUGCCGCGCCCACACGAAGCAAUCGAACACGCUCGGAGUGUCAUCAGACCGUCGGGCGGGAGACUGUGUUCGUUCAGUCCGUGUAUCGAGCAAGUGCAGGCAACGUGCGAGGAGCUGAGACGGUGCGGAUUCGUCGAAGUGGAAACGGUUGAGUGUUUGUCAAGAUCGUUUGAUAUUCGGUCCGUGCGACUACCCACUCUCUGCACUAGAGAGUCAAAUGGUAGCGACGACGUCGUGAAUGAAUGUGAGCCGCAUGCCAAAUGGAAGAAACCAGGAAACGAUGAUGAUGAUGGUGACACUUGUGUGUCGGAUCUGGAAGUCGAAUUGAAGUGUGAUGAAGAGUCUGGUGCGUCGGAUUGCUCAAAAUUUCUCGCAGUGACUCCGAACCGCGAGAUGCCCGGUCACACGGGAUAUCUAACGUUUGCUACUCUACACGCCAAGCGGAAAUAGUGUUGCCAUAUUUGAAUUCUGGAAUACAAAUUUUAUGUGUUAGAAGGUGUAAUGGGCUUGUAGAUAUCUACAACAGACGGUCUGUGCGUCUUGUUUGUAGACAGUUUUGUGAGGUGAUGAUGGAAGGUAUGGCUGGUGUUGUUUGGUAUGUCUGUAUGUUUGUUUGUGUAUCCUAGUGUG